UCCCUCUGUGGUCUCCUGCAUCACUUAGUGAGCUUCUUCUGCACCUUCAGAUGAACACCGCAUCCACCACAACUGGUUGAGAAUUACCCUACCUAUCCGUACGAUGGAUUACAGGCCAAACAGACUGUUCACCCACCCCGAUGAAAUCCGCUCGUCGUCUUCCUUUUCAAGCCAGAGAUGGCCCCGGAUUUCUCUUGCGCACUCCCACCCAGUGGUUGAGACUACUCAACAAGCAAACCCGUGUCACUAUGAGUCAACUCUAGACGACUCUACUCGAACCUAUCGUCCAACUGCUUUACGUCACUUGAAUGGAAACCCUAGGCCCCUCUCUUGGAAUCGCCGACAACCACCAAGUCAAGCUGGCGCUCGGCCCUCGACUUCACCAUCGCAGCCCGUCCUAGUUCGUGCCUAUUCUGGCGGCCCCGACGAUACUGCGGGAACAUCAAGGAUGUCUCUCCGGCGGUCAUUCCCAUUCACAGGUCGUACUGAAUCCCAAAGGCGUGGGCCAGAACUCCCCUCGGACAAGGACUUCAGCAUCGAUGGCAUCCUACGAGCCAUUGAACCUAAUAUACGUCACACCUUGGAUUCGAUCGGGGAGAUCUGCGGGCGGAGCAAGCUCAGCUUGGCCAACGAAUACGGAAGCCAUAUAGCACCCUUAGGCGAAAUUCGUGUGCCCCCUGGAGGUCUCAUGCCCGUGGACGAAGCUAGUUCUGAACAUGAACGACAGGCUAACGAGAAUGUGGUUAUCUACGAUGACAACCAUAGUGUUAUGGACGGGCGGGAUCACUCGCUCGUGCACUUUGGUUUCAUGGAGAAUACCCGACAGAGUACAACGUCUCGUAACGCAGGCUCUCAAUUGAUGCUACCGCUGUCUGGUGGAGACGGGUCAUCUGUCCAAGUACACCCCGACACUUCAAGCUCCAUGGGGUUUAGUGCUACAGUCGAAUCAGCUUCCGCGGUAGGGCCACUUCCUACAGCGCGAGAGAUUGCGUCGAGACCGAAGUCGUGCGGCCGGGCAUUGCUGGCAAAUAGCGCUGAACCGAGCACGGAAGAUCAUAGGCGACUUAUUCAAACGCCAGCUCUGGUGUCUGAAGUUAUUCUUGACGUUCAGGCUGAUGGACGCCAUUUGGAGCCGGGAUCUUAUGUCAAUCAAAACCACCCAACCUUAAGUAGUAACCUUACCCCUGAUGCAGCGCGAAGUCGCUGGAUUUUACCUGCAGCCGGAAAAUCUGCCUUAACGGAUGUCUUCGGUUGGCUCAAGUAUCCUGCGCGCGACAGGUUAGAUUUUGGCCAAACCGAGCAGACGGCUGAGAUGAGAUUGCGUGCGAUGCUUGAGCGGCAGCAAAACCUGGAUGCUUCCACCGCGCACGCCGAUAAUACCUAACAAAAUUUGCCCUCUAUCUUAUGUAAAUAUAUCUGCUUGUAUUGGUCACGGUUGACUAUGCAUGUUAGGAAGGAUAAGUACUCUGGGCCAGCGAUACCUAUUGUUAUGAUUAUGACGAUAUGUAAAAGUUAUUAUGAAAAUGUCCGUCUGCCG